AUGAAGGACGACUUUGCGGCGGCGCUCGAGGUGCGCGACAAGGCAGAUGAGGUCUUCAAGGCGGAGGCGCGGCUUGCCUCCGAGGAGCAGCUGGUGGCGGCGCUGAAUGACUACACGACGGCGCUGCAAGACGGCCUCAAGAUUGUGCAUCGGGCCCAGUAG